CAUCGGGCCCCAGGACCACCAAACAACGACCCAGGUUGAGGAACCAGUCCCGGGGAAUGGGUCGAGAUUUCUGGAGGUUGUCAGGGGCGGAAAAGAGGCGGGUGAUGACUAGGGGGGGUGGAUAUCAUGGCGUGGGCCAUGAUAUCUCCCCAGAUUUCGUGGCGCCUCUUCUUAUUUUAUCCCUGGCCCUCCCGCUGGGCCGCGUACAUGCCACCGGUCAUGAUUUGCACCCCUCCCUCUUGGACACCCCCCUCUUGGCCGCCGCUCCCGAGGUUGACGUUGCUGAAAACCACGACGUCGGGGGGGGGGUCCCGGUACGCACCGAUGCAUGGCCCAGAGUCGUGGACCCAAAUUGGUAUCGGUUUCCAGUGCCAAGCAUCCCACGGUGUGCUUCCUAUUUCAGAGCGGUCCCGACCUCCUCCACAGGGACAGCUUUCCGCCCCAGGUCGAUUCUUGAGAGCCCCGACGUCCGACAAUGGCGCCUAUGAGGCCGACGUCAACAGCCCCCAGAGAUCCGUGUCACGAUCGGUUUGUGAAGCGCGGGGCCCCCAGCAGUCUCGACCCUUUCCACGAAGCCGGUUUGUCAGCUCGAGCCGCGGCUUGAAAAACAGACCGUUUUUGGACGGCCGUCGUUGGACUGCCUCGGGGCCCACCGUAUAGUCACGGGGCCCGGCGGACAGCUUCGAUCAGAUUUCGCAAGUCAUUGCAGCUCUGGGCCUGCAGCUGUCCUUCAGGAUAAUGACGAAGACGCAGGCCCAGACGGCCGUCGUAUCCCCAAGAGGUCCCGACCUCUUCCGGGGGGGGGGGGCGGCUUCUCGCCCGCGCCGCGAAACUGCUUGGAAGCCGCCUGGACUGGGACGGAGUGAAGCCGCACGGAUGGAGACCAGCAAAAAGAAUCCUUCCGAUGUCUGCGGGCCCGAGCAUCCGGCGGUAUUUUCUUUCUUGUUCCACGCGAGGCCCCAGAGACUCCGACCCCUUCCCUGAAAGCAGCUUUUCGCCCCGGAUCUGUUUCGGGCCACAGGGCUUCCAUCACGAAGAACCGCCAGGGGUGAGAAGGCCGUGCCGAGUCGGAGAUCUGGGUGGCUGUCGUCGUCGUCGUUGUCGUCGUCGCAUGCAGGCCCUGGCCUCCCGGAAAGCCGCCGCCGUGGCGAGCCAGGCCGCGGCCGCGGCGGAGAAGGCUCGGGCGGCGGCGGCCGAAGCGGACGCCGUGGCCGCCUCCGCGUCCGAGGCCACGGCGGAUGCCGCGUCCGCCCAGGCGGCGGCCACGAACCUGGGGCUGGUCGGAGGCAUGGUGCGGAGCCUGAACAGGGCCCUGGCCGAGGCGCUCGGCCCUGCCGCGGCUCCGGCCGCCGGGGCGGUCGGCCCGGCCGCCCGUGGGCGUGCUCCGGAGGGCCAGGCAGAGGGGCCGCCGUCCAUCGAUCGGCGCCUGCUGCGCCCCGACGGGCGCCCCUGGUGGCCCGCGAAGCCGCCGCCGCCGGCGCCGCCCGCGCAAGAGCUGCUGCUUGCGAGGAGGCCCGGGCCGUCGUCCUUCUUCCUGUGAGGCGGUGCGGCGUGGCAUGACUGAGCGGGUUCCCCCCCCCGCUUGCGCAGCGCCCCAUGUAACUUGUAGCGGUGUCGUCAUCCUCUUCCAGCUGUUUCCUCCUCGAUCCGCCUGUCGAUCCUCCCCAGAUGCCCAAGUGCAUUUGUUCUCGACGAUCCUGUGGUGCUGAGGCCUCGCGUUGGAGAA